AUGAGUUCGUUUCGAUUCGGUGGCGCCUUUGUCGCCAUUGCCAUGGCUCUGCUGAAUUCGGGAUUCAUCUCCUGUUCGGCGACGGAAGAUGUCCAAGAGUCCAGUGGCACCACGUCGUGCACUCCUACACCCCAAGGACAUACGGUUGAACUGACCCUCAAGCAUAACGAGCCAAACAUUUCGUUCGACUGUGGCGUGCAAGAUGCCAAACUUACUCCAGAAAAUAGUAUGUUCUGUGACAAACCAGACUGUCAAGAGCCACGACCUCUGACAGACCUCGGUAAGGACGUCUCCCUUGCUACCCCAUCUCCUCAGAAAAACCCGCCGACGUACCUGCUGACGAUCCCUCAAGAGAGUCGCAAAGGCCAGAUUAUGUACUACAGCUGCAGUAAAGCCGCUCCCAUUGAAAUCAGGCGACAGGUGGAGGGAGAUCUCACCGCUGCUGGCAACAAAGGCAAGUGCACUCUCAAGAUCACCCUCGAGAAACCACCGACUGAGGCCCAAGACGACCAGGGAAAGCCGCCCGCUGCCCUCGAAUGCAAGGCAGGCACGUUGACCGCGACCGCUUCCACAGAGAAACCCGUUUCCUUCAAAUGCUCUGAAUCCAUGGUGCUGCAUCCAGAGAAUUCCGCCGACGUGUUUGAGGACAGCGACGGUAAAUGCGCGAAGAAGGAAUCGCUCGCGAAGCUCGUUGAUGCCACAUUGAGUUCCAAACCACAGGAUGGAGACCAGCCUGGAGCCAAAGAAUACACAUUCGCUGUAAAGACGCCUCCUGUUCACGAUACGGCGCUUUGCUACAAAUGUGUCGCCGCGGACACGGACAGCCAGAAGAGUCGCUCUGCGUCUAUGCGAGCAACACCGGCUGACGAAGGGAAGGAAUGCGUGGUCAAGAUUUCCGUCACAGGGACGUCGGGGGCGUCUCCGUCUGGAGCAGCAGUGUGGGCUGUGCCUGUCUGCCUGAUCGGGGGGGAUUAA